CGGUGCUCUUGACUAGUAACGAUGCUGUAGGGAAGAGUGCAAUGUUAAAACACAUACUACUUGAAAUGCAAGUCAAAACUCAAGCAACUUGUGUUACAAGUUUCAACAGCAAUACAAGCUCGAAUCGUUUGAUGAAAAUUCUUCGUUGGAAUACCAUGAAGAUUUCAAAAGAAAUAGUCUAUCCAAAAGACAGAAAGAACUUGAUAUGGUUUCUGGAUGAUCUUCACAACGUUCUUAGUGAUAAGACUGAUAGCACUGAAUUUUUGAGACAUUUCAUUGAGCAUAGAGCAUGGAUUGAUAACAAAUGCCCACAACGUCUGCAGCAAACACAAAUUAUAGCGGCUAUGAGAAACAGUUAUCCCUUGCACACGUUCCCUUCAAGCACAAUACGAUUGUUAAACAAGUUUCAUACAAUCAGUUACAACUCCUGCAGUGACGAAUCAAAUGCAACUAUAUUUAGAAACAAAAUGAUGGCCGCGAUUAAGGCUAUUGCACCAAACAAGUUUAUUGAUGUACUGGUACCUGCAACUAUUGAUUUUGUACGAUCGCUUGCCAUUCAGCUACCAGCAACUCCAAUCAAACCACGCUAUCAGUUUUCGCUGAAAACUGUUGACAGAAUUUUACAUUCGAUGUGCAUUUUUUGUCCCAACAUCUGUCAUUAUGAGAAAAAUCCAUUGCUGAGGCUUUGGAUUCAUGAAUGUUUUCGGGAAACAUGGGAUUUACUAGAUAACGUUGAUUACAAGCUGUAUUAUGAAAUCUUCAAUGACACCAUCUCCAAACACUUUGAAGCUACCCUGCACAGCAUUUGUCCGGGCAAUAAAAGUCCACUGUUUUGUGAUGUAUUGAAUCAGGAAGGCAGCUAUGAAGAUGUGAAGGAAACCAAUCAAUUGAUGCAAUUUGCAGAGAAAGCUACCAAUUCGAAUGCAGAUUCAAAGACUAUCGUGUAUCAAGAAGCCGUAGAACACGCAGCUAAACUCCUUCGUAUUAGUCGUAUCAGAAAGGGACAUAUGGUGUUGGUUGGUGAAAUUGGCAGCGGCCGGCAUACGAUAUGUGAUCUAGCUACAAGCAUCCUAAACCACCAAACUGUAUCAAAGAGCAGUCAAACAGCUAUGGACCAAAGAGAAACUAUUUACCACCAGCUUAGAUUUACGAAUGAUGAUUCUGAAGAUGUAGUAGACAAAAAGGUCGGACAUCUUUUUGAUUUGGCAGCAACGAAUCGUGUGAUAUGCCUUGUUUUAGCUGAUGAUACUGCGAAUUUAAACCAUUAUUUCUUAGAAUUUCUUAAUGGUUUCGUAGUAAAUGAUUCCAUAUCAGGCUUCUUAUCACAAAAAGUGUUUGAAGAUGUAAACGUGCUGGCAGCGAUAAAAAAUAACUUACACUUUGUAUUAUGUCUACCCAUGAACACAAAACCUUACAGAUAUCUUUUGAACACAUACACGUCACUUUUGACCAGUACAACAACAAACUGUAUCCAUUCUCUAACAGAAAUGAGUUUAAUGGAAGUAGCAAAACUAUUUUUCAAAAUGCACAUAAUUUUUGAUGUACCUGUUUCAUGUCAAGAAACAUUGAAAGUUGAUACCGAGCCAACGGUGAGACAAAUAAUUAUUUAAAAAGUAAAUCUAUUUUUUUUUCUUUAUACUUUGAA